AGCCUCUGUUUUGGUGUGCAUCUUCUGAUAUGACUUGGAAUUUUUAUUGAAGAGUUCAUACGUUGAUCAUUGCCACUAUCCGGGGAGUGCCACCAACGCUCCACAUAAACUAGCUGGUGGAGAGCAGGGAGAUCACUGCCGGAUUCAGUUAUUUCACAUAAGCUUCAGAAUUUGCACUCUGCUCCACCGCUGUAAACAGUGAACCAAAUUCUUGUCAACAUAUUCGGAUAUAUGAGCACAUCUCAACAUGCCUCCCUCUUACGGCACGCAGGCAUACUGGGAUGAACGCUUUAAGAACGAGUCAAUCUUUGAGUGGCUUGUUCCACCGGACAGCCUCACCCCAUAUAUCACGAAAGUCAUUGAAAGGCAUACUGCAGACCCAAGAAUUUUACAUAUUGGCUGCGGUUCAUCGUAUCUGUCAUUUCAUUUGCGCGAGUUGGUGCAAAGUGCAAAGCAAGUGACGAACGUGGAUUACUCAGAAGUCGCAAUCCAGAACUGUGUGCAGCACGAGAAAAGACUCAAGCAUUUCGACCUAGGCGAGGGCGGCAUGAUAUGGAAAGCAGUAGACUUGCUUUGUGCCAGCUCUGUUAACGAGCUGACUGCGCGUGACGGUGGAGUACCCGAUGGCUUCGACCUCAUCGUAGAUAAAAGCACCAGUGACUGCAUAUGCUGUGCUGAUGACGUGACGUUACCAUUGCCGUACAGCGAUUGUGCCCUAGAUUCGCUCAAAGGGCCUUCUACAACAUGCUUCAAGAUACAUCCCUUGCAUGUGCUUGCUGUUCACCUAGCCUUUCUGGCGAAGCCCGGCAUCACUCGUUGGAUGUGCCUAUCGUACUCCACAGAUCGUUUCCCAUUUCUUAGCACUGGUUGGAACACCAGCGAAGCCUCAACCGUGAAUGCUCAAGCAACGGAACUUGGCUUUCCAGAUCCGAGAACUCUUUGGCGGAUAGAGCACAAGCAGGAGGUGGCCCCGAAGCAGGAACAGCAUAACGAAGAUCACGACCGGAGCUACGUUCAUCGACCUGCCACAGUCCACUGGUUAUAUACUCUGCUUCGUACGGAAACAAUGUUAUGAGGAUCGUCAUCGGAAAUUACUCAGAUUGCUUGGCUCACUUACGACAUACCUGGCAAGAAAACCGCUCUACGACAGAUAUACAGCAUGCACAGCACCGCUGGACGACAAGAAAA